AUGACCAGAAGAGCAUGUGGGAUGAUGAUGAACGACGAACUCGAAAUUCCCUCCCACUCUGUGAAGGCGAAGCCAGGGGCCGCCUUCUCUGCUCUGAGAGCACUGCAAACCCUAUUUCUUCAGACAUUCAAGCUCAUCCCAGCGCCCCCUGCCACCACCAUGGUGCUAUCUAACGACAUCGAUCUGCUUCACCCUCCAGUGGAACUGGAGCAGCGCAAGCACAAGAUGAAGCGACUGGUGCCCACGCCCAACAGCUUCUUCAUGGACGUCAAGUGUCAAGGCUGUUUUAACAUCACGACUGUGUUCAGCCACUCGCAGACGGUGGUGCUGUGUGGCAGCUGCUCCACUGUGCUGUGUCAGCCCACCGGUGGCAAGGCCCGCCUUACAGAAGGCUGCUCCUUCCGCAGAAAGGGCGAUUGA